CUUUUUGCGUUCAUAACCUCCGCCACCACCAUGGGAAAGGUGUCACGGGCGGCGACCACCAUGCUGUGGACGGUGGUUGGCAUACUGUGCGUGGCAGCGGCCGUGGCAACGACGGUCCCUCAGGAUGGCCAGCAGCAGGAGGGUGCUGGCAGGAAACGCGUUUUUGGCAGCGAAGUCCAUCUACCGAGCAGUUACGCAUACAGCUACCAAGUGGUGGACGCCGGGAGUCACUUCAACCACUCGGAAACGAGUGGAAGUAGCAAGACGGGAGGAAGCUACUUCAUGGCGCUCCCUCGGGGUGCUCAACAGCAUGUAGAGUAUAAUUUGGGAGGAGAAAACGGCUACAAGAUAUCUGUGAAAUACACACAUAGCCUUCCAAACCAAGAAUCUCCAGAUCAAGCAUAUGGAAACGAACUUCGAACAGGAGAGUUAACUGGGGUUGGAGGAGUUUCAGUGUCCAAAGAGAAAGAAGCCAGGGGCUCUGGAAGUGAAGCAAAUCUCAGUUCAGACCUGGGAGAAGGAAAUUUUGCAUCUGGUGGAGGCGUUUUGCAUUCCAGGUUUGAUCAUGAUGUAAUAAUAAACUCUGGAACUGGUGAUGGGGAUACAGUAGCUUCUGGAUUUGAAACUGGAGAAGAAAGCUUAAGGGAUGUUCCUGAAAUAACAAUAAGUUCUGGACAUGGUCCUAGAGAAACAGAAGGUUCUGGAGAUAUUGCUGGAAUAAAAGAAAGUUCUGGAUUUGGCCCCGCAGUGGUAUUAAGCUCAGGAUUUGGUUCUGGAGUGGAAGCGAAUUUUGGAUCUGGAUCAGAGAGUGGAAGUUCCAGCAGAAUAAAUAGUUUUGGAAAUGCCAAUGGCGAAGGCUUUUUAUCUGCUGGUGAAAUAGCAGAAAGUUCCGGAUUUGCCUCAACAAAAGGAAGAACUACUGACUCUGUUGCUGCAGGAAGUGGCUUUGGAUCUGGUAAAGACGGUGGGUCAGGAAAUAGCUUUGGAACAGGUGGAACCGGUGAGUCAGUGACUGGCUUUGUCUCUAGCGGCGCCAGUGGGUCACAAAUUGGCUUUGAAUCUGGUGGAGCUGGUGGGUUAAGCAAUAGUGGCGCUGGUGAGUCAGGGACCAGUUUUGGAUUUGGUGGAGCCAUUGGAGUGGGGACUGGCUUUGAAUCUGGUGGAGUUAGUGUGUCAGGGACUGGCCUUGGAUCAGGUGGAACCGGUGGGUCAGAGAUUGCCCUUGGAUCUGGUGGAGCCGGUGGAUCAGGGACUACCUUUGCAUCCAUAGGAACUGGUGAGUCAGGGACUGGGUUUGGAUUUGUAGGAACUGGUGCUUCAGGGACUGACUUUGGAUCUGUAGGAACUGGUGGGACAGGGACUGGGUUUGUAUCUGUAGGAACUGGUGGAUCAGAGACUGGAUUUGGAUCUGGUGGAGCCGGUGGAUCAGGGACUACCUUUGCAUCCAUAGGAACUGGUGAGUCAGGGACUGGGUUUGGAUUUGUAGGAACUGGUGCUUCAGGGACUGGCUUUGGAUCUGUAGGAACUGGUGGGACAGGGACUGGGUUUGUAUCUGUAGGAACUGGUGGAUCAGAGACUGGAUUUGGAUCUGGUGGAGCCGGUACGUCAGGGACUGGCUUUGGAUUUGUAGUAACUGGUGGGUCAGGGACUGGGAGUGGGUCUGUAUCUAGUGGAGCCGGCACGUCAGGGACUGGCUUUGGAUCUGGUGCCACCGGUGGGUCAGGGACUGCCUUUGUCUCUAGCAGUGCCAGUGGCUCAGGGACUGACUUUGGACCUAAUGAAAUUGGUGGGUCAGGGACUGGGUUUGAAUCUGGUGGAGCCGGUGGGUUUGGGACUGGUUUUACUUUCAGUACCGGUGGACCAGAAGUUAGUCUUGGGGUUGUUAGCACCGAAGGAUUGGGAGGUGGUCUAGCUACAGGUGGCGCCAAUGGACUGAGAAAUAUCAUAUCUGUUGGCAACACUGGUGAACAAGGGGGUGGUUUGAGUACAGGCACCAUUGAUAGACAGGGAUUCAGUUUCGGCACAAGCAUUGGUUCGGGAGGUGGCUUGGCCACCGGUGAUCUGGGACUCAGCUUGGGCAGCACUGGUGGAUUGGGAGGCGGCUUGGGCACAGGGGGCACCGGUGGACUGGGACUCAGCUUGGGCAGCACUGGUGGAUUGGGAGGCGGCUUGGGCACAGGGGGCACCGGGGGCACCGGUGGACUGGGACUCAGCUUGGGCAGCACUGGUGGAUUGGGAGGCGGCUUGGGCACAGGGGGCACCGGGGGCACCGGUGGACUGGGACUCAGCUCGGGCAGUAUUGGUGGCUUUGGAGGUGGCAUUGCCACAGGUGGGCCCGGAGGACUGGGAUUCAGCUUCGGCAGUACUGGUGGACUGGGAGGUGGCUUGUUUACAGGAGGACCAGUGGACUUUGUCAGCUUAGGUGGCACUGGUGGAUUGGGAGGUGGAUUGGUUACAAGUGGACCAGUGAACGUUUUCAGCUUAGGUGGCACUGGUGGAUUGGGAAGUGGCUUGUCCACAGGGGGUACAGGUGGACUGGGAUUCAGCUUGGGCAGUACUGGUGGACUGGGAGGUGGUUCGGUUACAGGAGGCACUGGUGGACUUGGAGGUAACUUAGCUGUAGGCACCGGUGGACUGGGAGGUGGAUUGGCCACAGGAGGCUUGGCUACAAGCGGCUUGACCACAGGUGGCACCGGUGGACUGGGAUUCAGCAUAGGCAACGCUGGUGGCUUUGGAGGUGGCAUUGGUACAGGUAGCCCCAGUGGACUGGGAUUCAGCAUAGGCAACGCUGGUGGCUUUGGAGGUGGCUUGGGCACAGGUAGCCCCAGUGGACUGGGAUUCAGCAUAGGCAACACUGGUGGACUGGGAGGUGGCUUGGGCAUAGGUAGCCCCAGUGGACUGGGAUUCAGCAUAGGCAACACUGGUGGACUGGGAGGUGGCUUGGGCACAGGUAGCCCCAGUGGACUGGGAUUCAGCAUAGGCAACACUGGUGGACUGGGAGGUGGUUUGGGCACAGGUGGCACCGGUGGACUGGGACUCAGUUUAGGCAGCACUGGUGGACUGGGAGGUGGUUUGGGCACAGGUGGCACCGGUGGACUGGGACUCAGUUUAGGCAGCACUGGUGGCACCGGUGGUCUGGGACUCAGCUUGGGUGGCCCCUUUGGACUGGGAUUUAAUUUAGGUGGAUUAGGAGGAAGCCUGUUCUUUGGCAGAUCCGGUGGUGGUGGUAGACUUAAUGAGGGCUUCCCAAGUGGGGGUGACGGUGAUUUUGGUGGUGGUUUUAUCAGUAGUAGUGGCGGUGGAUUUAGUGAUGGCUUGAUCAGUAGCAUUGGCGGUGGAUUCGGUGAUGGUUUGGACAGCAGCAGUGGCGGUGGACUCGGUGAUGGCCUGGCCAGCAGCGGUGGCGGUGGAUUCGGUGAUGGCUUUAUCAGUAGCAGUGGCGGUGGAUUUGGUGAUGGCUUGAUCAGUAGCAUUGGCGGUGGAUUCGGUGAUGGUUUGGCCAGCAGCGGUGGCGGUGGAUUCGGUGAUGGCUUUAUCAGUAGCAGUGGCGGUGGAUUUGGUGAUGGGUUGGCCAGCAGCGGUAACAGUGGAUUUGGUGACGAUUCGGGCACUGGCGGUGGAUAUGGGGAUAGUUUUGACAGUGGAGGCGCCCAUGGAUUUGGUAGUGGGUUGAUCAGUGAGGGAGGCCGUGGCUCUAUCCUGCAACAAGUGACGGGAACCUCAGCAGGCGAUUUGGAAGUGUACCCUGUCACUGCUGAGGUGCAGUUUAACCUGACCUCCGAAGGUAGUGCGAGGUGA